AUGCCAGAGGAAGGGGUAAAGGUUGCGGUCCGGGUGCGGCCCUUCAACCAAAGGGAGAAGGAUCGCAAGGCCCACCUUAUGAUAAAAAUGUCAGGUCAGAUGACCUCAAUAUCCAAUCCAGAAAAUCCAAAUGAAGAGCCAAAAAAGUUUUCAUUUGAUUAUUCUUACUGGUCCCAUGAUGGAAUGGUGGAGUCAGCAGAUGGUGUAUUUGAGGCCACACCUGGGUCAAACUAUGCCAGUCAGCGUAAAGUGUUUGAGGAUCUUGGUCAAGGUGUACUUGACAAUGCAUUUGAAGGUUACAAUUGUUCACUGUUUGCCUAUGGCCAGACAGGUUCUGGAAAGUCCUACUCCAUGGUUGGAUAUGGCGCAAAUCGGGGUAUUGUACCUAUUACCUGUGAUGAAUUAUUUAAAACUAUGGCAACAAAUACAGAUACAAACAAGAGAUUUGAGGUGACAUUUUCCAUGUUGGAGAUCUACAAUGAACAAGUACGGGAUCUCCUUUCUCGUGAAAAUCCAAAGGGAGGUCUGCAAGUCCGACAAAACCCCAAACUAGGACUAUUCUAUGUGGAAGGUCUCAAGAAAGUCCCCGUUGGCAGCUACGUAGAAAUUGAAAAAAGAAUGGAUCAAGGAACGGCCAAUCGUACAGUGGCCUCUACAAACAUGAACGCUACAAGUAGUCGUGCUCACACAGUUGUCUCUAUUACAUUUGACCAAAUCAUCAAGAGUGAAACCGGAUCUGAGACCAAGAAAAGCAGUGUCAUGAAUCUGGUGGAUUUGGCUGGAUCCGAGCGAGCAGACAGUACGGGAGCAACAGGUGACCGACUUAAAGAGGGUGCUAAUAUCAAUAAGUCUCUAUCUGCUCUGGGUAAUGUAAUAUCAGCAUUAGCAGAUUUAUCAACAGGUUCCAAAAAGAAAAUAGUCGUCCCCUACAGAGAUUCAGUACUAACGAAGCUACUACAGAAUGCUUUGGGUGGGAACAGUAAAACAAUAAUGAUAGCAGCAUUGUCGCCAGCUGACAUUAACUAUGACGAGACAUUAUCAACACUACGCUACGCAGACCGGGCAAAGAAAAUUAAAAACAAGGCUGUCAUCAACGAGAAUCCUAUGGACAAACUUAUCAGAGAACUUAAGGAGGAAAACGACAGGUUGAAGAAGGCUAUGGAGUCUGGUGGGAUGAUAGAAGGAUCUGCGGGGAUGAGUCCAGAAGAGAUAGAGCGAAUGAAGAAAGAGAUGGAGGAAGAGAUUCGUGCUCAACUGAUGGCUAACCAAGCCAUGUUGUCCGAGAAUGACUCCAAAGAAGACUGGGAUGCUAAGUUGAGGGCUGCUCAGUCAGAAACAGAUGAACUGAAGGGCGGAGGAUCACAGAGCACACGCAGAUCAAAGGAGCCUUAUUUAAUUAACCUUAACGAGGAUCCCAUGUUGUCAGGCGUCAUCUGUCACUUCCUUGAUACAGAGAAGACAACAGUGGGACGCAAGGAUGCCCAACCCAUACCAAAUGUGUGUCUCAGUGGUCUUAGUAUUCAAAAACUACAUGCAAUAAUAACAAAUAAAAAUGGUAAAAUAGAAAUAUCACCUGCUCCAGGAAGUGCAUCAAAGACCAAGGUGAAUGGCCUCCCUCUCAGUGACAAAAAGGAGCUCUCUCAUAAAGACAGAAUCCUGUUUGGAUCUAAUCAUAUGUAUGUGAUGAUGAUCCCUAAACACACAGACACUGCUGACAAUACCUUGCCGAAUGUCAUUGACUGGGACUUUGCUCAGAAAGAAAUUGCUGAAAUCAAAGGAUUCGCUACACAUUCUUUAGGUCUUACAAAAGAUCAGCUGAUUGCUCAGGAACAGGUUCUUGAGAUGCUGCCGAUGGUGUCGGAGGUUAACGCAGUGUCAGAGGAGCUGGACAAAAGGAAAUCAUUUGAGGUGGUGUUAAUAUCAGCAGCAGCACAGGAAGGAGUGGACGUGAGCUCCAACAAUGGAACAAGAUAUGAUGAGGGGAGCUCAGUGAGAGUUAUGGUGAAAAUGACCAACUUGCUCAAUGGUAACACAUGGCUGUGGCAGCGCGGUAAAUUCCUCAACAGGAGAUAUCUCAUACAGGAUUUGUACCAACGAUUUCUCGAUGGAGAUGAUUUAUCCAAAGUUUCCAAGGAAGAGGAUCCGUUCUGGGAACCACCCGAAGAGGUCCUCAUUGGAACAGCAAACGCUUUCCUCCAGUCCCUGUCCUUUGCACUGGAUUUUGAUGAUCAGCUUAUUAUCACAGACUACAAAGGCCAGGAGGAGGGAACUCUAGAUGUGAGAGUGGCACCGUGUGAUGCCAAAGGGAAACCUGCAGAUGAUGAAUCAUUUGUUGAGGAUCCUAGUGAACUACUCAAUAAACCUUUCUAUUUCAAGGUAUUUGUGAAAAAAGCAGAAAUUAACAAGUCCAGAUUUUCCAGAGGAAUACGUGUGCAGUUUUCACUACCAUUUCCAAACAAGAAGACUGAAUUGGCACAAACUCAAAUUAUUAAAAACACACUAAGUCCGGAUUUUGACUUUUCCAAGGUCAUAACUAUAAACAAAGUACACAGUGACCAUUUAAAGUUUUUAGAAAAUGGAUGUUUGACUUUCUAUGUGUUUGGUAUGCAAGAAGAUACACGGCCAGAACCCAACCUGUCAAAGCUCACAACAAAGGAAUUAAGACAGCGAAACAAUAUGAAGGAAAAUGCUGACACCACAGUACGUAGAAAGACAUUGUUUGGUAAUGACAUCGCCUCAGAUCAGUCCCACCUAAAGGCCGAGGUGGUAUUACUACAGAGAAAACAUGACAGACUCGUACAGAAGGAAAGACGAAUACAGGAAAUCUGUAAAGAGUGGGAGAAGAAGCAGGAAGGAGAACGUGAGUUUGAACCAUUUUAUCGGGCUGUCUCAGCAGCUGCCUUCAGUACAGGGACAAGGCUUAAGACACGGGUACAAAUGCUUAACCAGAUGUUACGGUUACAAAGAGCAGUUAAAAUGGAUGACUCUAGCGUUUCCCCACAAUUAAAUCCCCCUGUGCUACCCCCAAUCCUUCGGACAAGUGCUGCUCCUGGCAGUAUCUCUCGACAGAAAACCAUGGACCCUUCCAUCGUUUUACAAGGUCAAAAAUUUGUGCGCUCUUUGAAAACAGGAAGUGAUCUUACAAACAACAAGCCCACAGGAGGCGGGCAGCAGCGACCUACUUCUGCAGGAGGGAACACAAGUAACGGCAGCAAGGCGUGUGUCAUCCAAUAA